AUGACAAACAGCAGUGAUGCCGAGACAGUGCUAGGCGAGGACUCGCCGUUGUCUCCUUGUAUGUGGGAAUACUCGUCGCACUCCGAAGAUGGUCAGCAAUUGGUGGGGCGGACAAAGAUGGCACCGUGCUCCUCGCAAAUUCCAGCUUCUCGAAAUGGAGACUCUCCAAUACAGGGGAAUACGCGGCGAGAGCUGCAGCUUUCACCCGCAUCACAACUUGAUGUUCUUUCGCAUAUUAGUGAGCUGGCGGAUGCUCACUCACGGCAAACAUCUUUGGAUCCAAUUCGACAUGCACAAUGGGUUUCUGCAAAAAAAGUGAAAAGGCAAAAUAUAGGAACCGUGAGGCCUUUGCACUCGCAAGCUGAGCGUCUAAGAAACGACAUGAUGGACUGGGAAACUUGCAGCGAAGGAGACCUGCUCAUGGUCGACUCUGAAGAUGAGGAAAAGCAUUGGGUAUAUUUUGACAUCUCCGAUAGCGAUUAUGAUGCCUGA